AUCAUACAUAUCAACAUCAACAUGGCCCAAAGACUCAAGAUUGCUGUUGCUGGUCUCGGUCGUAUGGGCGCUCGCCACGCCAUUAAUUUCCUUUACCGUACCCCUCGUGCAGAGCUUGUAGCCGCCUUCACUCCCGAUCCAAAAGAGCUCACCUGGGCUAGGGUCAACCUGGAGCCUUAUGGAGUCAAACUCUACAAUGACUACGACGAGAUGAUUAAGCAGGAGGGUCUGCAGGCUGUGGUCAUCAGCACCGCUACGUCGGUCCACGCGGAGGGAGCCAUCAAAGCCAUGCACCAGGGCUUGCAUGUUCUCUGUGAAAAGCCUCUGUCCACAAGCAUUCCAGUCUGCUCAUGGCUGAAAUCUCGAAGUGCNAAACAAGUCUUGGAUGAAGCACUCAAGCACCCCCACCUGAAGGUCAUGUGUGGAUUCUCUCGCCGGUUCGAUGAGUCCUACCGCGAUGCAUGGGAAAAGAUGGAUAGNGGGUUGAUCGGCCGACCGACCAUCAUCCGCAGCCAAACCUGCGACAAGCAUGACCCCAGCGGUUUCUUCGUCGAAUAUGCAGCAUGGUCUGGAGGUGUGUUUGUCGACAUGUCGGUUCAUGACAUUGACCUUGCCCUGUGGUUCUUCGGCGAUGACAUUCAAGUGAAGAGUGUUUCUGCAUACGGCGUACGAGCAGUUCAGCCCGAGCUGGCCAAAUACAACGACUAUGACAAUGCCAUAGGCAUCGUCGAAUUCUGGAAUGGCAGAGUUGCCAACUUCUACUGCUCGAGAAUGAUGGCGCACGGUCAAGAGGAUGUGACAGAGAUUAUCGGUACCGAAGGCAAGUUGACUGUCAACGGCAACCCUCAGAAGAAUCUGGUCAACUACUACGGGCCGCAAGGAGUGACCAGAGAAGUUCCAGCACACUACUAUGGCCGCUUCGAACAGGCCUUUGUAGGAGAAGCCAAUGAGUUUGUCGCCGCUUGUCUGGACGACACUAAGCUUCCAUUGAAGCUACGCAACGCUGUCAAGGCGGUAGAAAUCGGUGCCUUGUUGCAGGAAGCUCUGGUCAAAGGCACCCAAAUUCGUCUGAACGAGGCUGGACAACGUAUAUCAGAUAGGCCAACUCCCAAGCUGUAG